AUGUUCACGACCUUUGGCAUCAACACUCCCUCCUCCAGCUCCAACGAAAAGACGCCGCCCCCUCAUCAGCCGCAGCGAGCAAAGCGGGCCCAGGUCUCUCGCGCGUGCGACUGGUGUCGGCUCACGAGGGUCAAGUGUGACUCAGUUCGGCCAUGUCGCAGCUGCAAAGACACAAAUCGGGAGUGUGUAAAUUCUGGACGGGAUGACUUUAAGAGCGUCGCGGCUGCCACAAGGGAGGUCCAAAAGCUGCGGGCUCAAGUACAGGAGCUCGAAUCAAAGUUACUAGCUUCAUCUAUAUCUAGCGAUGGAGAUUCACGGAAACGUGCUGGGCGUGUAAAAUGGAAAGGCACUGUAAUCAACGGGGCUCAGUAUGGUCCCUCCUCACUUUCAUACUUUGUCCAUCGACUUGCCGCCUUUACCAAGAUGGACCUCGCACCUGCGCCAAAUACAAGUGGACUUAUUACUCCUCCGUGGGACGCCAUAACAAACUCUGGCCGAUUGCAGCGACAGCAACAGGACGUAUUACUCGAUCUUUAUUGGCAAGGAUACCACGCCAUCUAUCCAAUUCUUGACGAGGCCCGUUUCCGAAAACACUACAAUUCCCUGUGGGAGAGCCCUGCGCUUAGAAAGGACUGUCCGUUGGUGGACAGUGCCCUUGCUCUCUGUAUCCACUUUGGGUCGACGUACAUGUCGUAUGGGAGUUGUAACGCGGACAUCUCGAAGAUCCCAGGAAGAGAGUUCUAUCUCCGAGCACAGUGCUACCUCAGCCAAAACCUGGAGGUCCAAUCGUUGGUGACUGUUCAGUGCUACUUUCUCAACGCCAUCUACCUUCAAGCGACCUGUCAAGCCAAUUCGGCACAUGCCAUGGUGGGAAAUGCGAUCCAAGUUGCCCAGUCGCUUGGUCUUCAGCACGAAGCAGUCAGCGGCGAGUCAAUUGAGGGAUCGGGUUUAGAUGAAUCGGGAAAACAAUUGUGGGAUUGCCUGCUCAUGUUGGACAUCCAGCUCUCCCUCCACUUGGGUCGCCCAUUCGCCAUCCGGGACCUACAGCCCGAGAACCGAGGACCAGAUCCAGACCAACGCGCUGAGACCGUCGGUCCAGCAUUUGCCCUUGGCCCCGACUUCGGCGUCAAUUGGCUGAGCUUCCAGUAUGAGCGACGCCGCCUGUUCGAGGUGGUCCGCGAAAUCCACGAAGAGUUCUACGCCCACCCUGCCUCUCGCGAACAGUGUGCUAAAUUCCUCUUUGAGCAAUCGAAGAAACUGAAGAAAUGGGCUCAAGAGCUGCCCGAAGGCCUCAAGACACGAAGACAAAACGGGAUACCAAUGUCGAUUGACCGCUCACCUUUGGACCUAUGUCAUAGCGACCCUCUCUGGCUGCAGCGACAGCGUCUCGUUCUAGAACUCGAGUAUCACAACUUUUCCAUCAUCCUACGCCGACCAUUCAUCUCCUUCUUGCCUACCCCGGCACUGGGAACCCUAUCCAGCGACAAUCACUGCCUCAUGGUUGGCAACUCUGCCAUGACGGUCACGAACAUACUGCACCAAGUGAUGAAGGACACAGACAUUCUCACUGGAUGGUAUCAGGUGCCUGAUUGGCAGCACAAUGCAGUGUUCGGGUUGGCGGGUUUCGCGUGUGGAUAUCCCAUUUGUCCGCUAUCACCUUCGAUGCGGAGGACGAUCCCCACAGCCGCGGUAGUAUUCGACGCGGUAGGAGCCACAGAGAAGGCGGAUUUGGCAAACAAAUUGAGAGACAGGUCUUUUCAGAUUCUGAAAGAUUUUGGCGAACGGAUUGGAAUCACAAAUCUCAUUACGACACCCUCACCAAGUGGGAGUGGGGAAUCCACGAGCACGAAUGUUCAAUCUCCCGUCAACACAGGCCUUUCGAUGAUGGGAAUUGGCGACAGGACCGUUCCUAACACUGGUGGAUUUAGUGGCAUCGACACGGAAAACUUAUGGAUGGCAGAUUCUCCACCCGCGACGUUGCUAUGGGGUGAUUUAAUGAUGGACCUGGGAACGGAGCUGAUGCCGCCUAUCGUCGAGUAA